AUGCGGAGGCGGCGGGGGCGCGCGGCGCUGCUGGGGCGGGUCCUGGGGUCCGAGCUCGUGGGCCGUGCCGAGGUCCCCUGGAGUGCGACGGUGGAGCGGCGAGUCGAGCUUGCAACGCCGAGCAGCCGGCGGGUCCCGGGCGAGGAGGCGGCGCCGCCAGUGCUGUACGCGAGGAUCAGCGUGCGCGCGUCGGAAACGGCGGCGCCCGCCAGCCGGAGGCGAGCGGACUCGUCGGCGCACCAGGAGAGCGGCUGCGAGUGGAGCGUGGGCGACGAGGACGUGUUCGCGGCAGUAGCUUGUGCUGUUGACGAUGCGUUUGAAUAG